AUGCAGCAGCGGCAGUGGGCGUUGCUUGUGCGCCAGUGUAGAUCCGUGGCCGAGGGAAAGCAGCUGGAGCGGAGGCUGGGCGAGGCCGGUUUGGAGUGCGACACCUAUCUGGGCAAUCUGCUGGUCCAGAUGUACGCCGCCUGCGGCCAGAUCGAGGAGGCGAGGCAAGUGUUUGAGAGGAUUCCGCGGAAGAACAGGUUUUCCUGGAACACUAUGCUUGGUGCGAGCAUCACACGGGAAGAGGAGGCGAAAUGGCUGUUUGACAUGAUGCCGGAGAGGGAUGUUGUGUCGUGGAAUGCCAUGCUCACUGCAUAUGCCGCCUGUGGGCAUCUUGGGAAAGCUGAUGAGUUAUUUUCUUGCAUGCGAGAGCGCAACUCCGUGUCGUGGACGGGGAUGGUGGCGGCCUAUUCUAGCGAUGGCCGAAUUGCGGAAGCGAUACAGAUCCUGGAAGUGAUGCCUCAGCAUGGAAUUGUGGCCUGGAAUGCGAUCAUCACGGCGUGUGCACGGCUCGGGCAUUGCGACACGGCUCUCGGGAUGUUUCACGACAUGGAGUUGGAGGGCGUAGAACCUGACAGGGUGACAAUGCUGGCUGUGUCUGAUGCUUGCGCGUCGUCACUGGAGAAGGAGAGUCACGAGGAGACAAUGUCAGCAUCUGUGGGUCAAGUGGCUGCACGAAUGAAACGAUUUUUGCCCGACACUGUGGUGGCGACUGCGCUCGUCCGCAUGUAUGGCCGGUGCCACAGGGUAGCGGAGGCGGAGAGUGUGUUCCGGGACAUCGCCAACAAGAGUAUCGUGUCUUGGAACGUCAUGCUUUCGGCCUUCGCCCGGAACGGCUGCGUGGAGGACGCAAGUGCCUUGUUUCAUGCGAUUCCGGACGGGGACAAGAACACCGUGUCCUGGAACGCUCUCCUGUCCGCCUACAACUAUGCUCAAGGAGGGAGUAAUGUGGCCAAUGCUUGGAAGGUGUUCGAGGAAAUGCCGUUGCGGGACGUCGUGUCGUGGACGACGCUGGUGUCAGUGUGUGCCAGGAAUGGGAGCGUGGAAGAAGCCGUGGCUCUGUUUGACAAGAUGCCGCAGCGGAGUAGGGUCUCGUGGAACUCAAUCGUCUCCGGGCUUUCGCAGAACGGUCGCGGAAGGAAGGCUCUACAGGUGUUCAAAGUGAUGGUAUUGGAAGGUGUGGAAGCCGAUAGUGUGUGCUUCGCCAGUGUUCUUGGUGCCUGUGCUGACAUGGAGGACUUGGAACAAGGGAGUCUAGUCCACCAGGAGAUCACUAGCACCAGUGACGGCAACACAUUGAUCGCAACUGCGGUGGUAAACAUGUAUGGGAAGUGUGGCCAGGUGAGCGAGGCCAAGAGCGCCUUCGACCAGAUCUCACGCAAGACCAGCGUUGCUUGGAACACUCUGCUGUCCAUCUACGGCCUCAAUGCCAAAGUGGCCGAAGCCAAAGAACUCUUCAGCACGAUGCCGGGGUGGAACAGCGUGUCGUGGACGAGCAUGGUGGUGGCAUUGGCUCAGAAUGGUCUCUUGGACGAGGCAAGGGACAUGUUUGAGCAGCUUCCAGAGCGCACGCUCGUGUCGUGGAACGCCAUGCUCACAGCCUACGCUCAGAACAAGCACGGCAGACAAGCGCUCUCGCUCCUGGCGGCCAUGGACAGCGAGGGAGUCACGAAGCCAGACCGGGUCACCUUGAUAACAGCCUUGAACGCCUGUGCGGACGUUGGAGCUCUAGCACAAGGCAAGGAGCUUCACCAGGCCGUGGACGAGGAGAUGAGCUACAAGCAUCGCGCUGAUGUUUCGGUCGCCACCGCCCUGCUCAACAUGUAUGGGAGGUGUGGAAGCGUCGAGCAGGCGAGAAGACUGUUUGAGGCGAUGCCAAGGCACGACAUUGUGUCGUGGACGGCCAUCGUCUCGGCGUAUGCACGGUGUCGCCAAGCCAAGGUCUCGCUCGAGCUCUUCCGGGCCAUGGAACUGGAGGGCAUGCUUCCCAACGAGAUCAGCUUCGUGAGCAUCGUGUCGGCUUGUAGCGCUGCGAGCCUUGUGGAGGACGGCCGGACCUUCUUCCGCCUCAUCUACCGGUAUGCCGCAGGGCCGAGCAUGGAGCAGUGGGCAUGCAUGGUGGAGCUCCUGGGUCGGUCGGGGCAGCUGACCAAGGCCGAGGAGGUGCUGGAAAACAUGCCCCUGGAGCCCGAUGCCUCUGUGUGGAGAGCGCUGGUGGCGGCGUCCAGGCUUCACAACGACAACGAGCGGGCGAGGCGUGCGGCACGAAAUGCUGCCAUGCUUGUGGAUCCAUGCCCACCGCCAUCGCCAUCGCCAUCGCAGGGGGUUCUAGCCAGCAUACAAGAGGCGCUGCUAGGGAGGACGAAGGACGAGGACGCCCUAGAUCGAAAGGGAGGCGUCUCUCUAGAUCACAUCCCAGCCGUUGAGCCGCUUUUGGCGGGGCCGUUCGAAUUUUUGAAAAGGAAUGGCGCUAGAGCCGAGGGAGAUUGCCAUCCAUCGCACUUGGAUUCUCGAGACACGGCCAGACGAUCUCAUCCCGGGCGACGAGUAUGA